AUGCAGGAUGAUUUGGAAAUGAAGAGCGAAAGCGCUGUGCAAUCAGUGCCGGUAGGGAGUGGACAUGGCGGCUAUGAGAGCGCUACAUUUCGCCAGAAACAACACCUCGAGAGAUAUCUGAAUUUCUUCUCCUCAGUCGCCUUUUCCGCUUGUCUGCUUGCCUCAUGGGAAACUGCUGGCGGUAGCUUGCUCUCGGGACUGUACAACGGCGGCCCUGCAGCGAUUGUGUAUGGCAUUAUCUUGACCACCCUGGGCAAUCUGACCAUUGCAUGCUCCUUGGCCGAGCUUGCCUCUAUACACCCAACUGCAGGAGCUCAAUAUCACUGGAGCUAUUUCCUCGCCCCUCGUGGCCGUCGAUUCCUCAGUUUCUUCCAGGGCUGGGUUACGGUGUUUAGCUGGAGUUCAUUGGUCUGUAUAGCACCUUUCUUUAUCGGAAACCAAAUCCAGGGCAUGGUUAAGCUGGCCUACCCGGACUAUGAAAUGGCGAGGUGGCGUGGUACUCUGCUCAUGUGGGCAGUUGCAAUCAUCCCGAUUUUCAUAAAUGUGUUUGCGCGUCGCGUUCUGGGAGUCGUCGAGGUUGCUGCUGGUAUCAUGCAUGUUGUGUUCCUCCCUAUCGUCAUCGCAGUCGUCGUUAUCCUCGCCCCUCGAAACCCCGACGCAUUCGUCUGGGACAACUUUGUCAGCGGCUUUAGUGGCUGGAAGAAUCCUGGAGUUGUCUUCUCCAUUGGUCUUCUUGGUGUUCUUACUCCCCUGAGUGGCGUCGAUGGCAUAAUUCACAUGGCCGAAGAAGUCAAAAAUGCCAAAUUUGUCGUACCCCGCUCCAUGAUCUACGGCAUUCUAAUUAACGGACUGCUCGCAUUCUGUUACUUGAUCGCCAUUCUCUAUUCCAUGGGCGACUACAUGGAGGCAGUCACCAGCCCCACAGGCUACCCUAUCAUUACAAUCACCUACCAAGCAACUAAGUCCAAGGCAGCCACAUUCAUCCUCAUGACAAUGGGAAUACUGCCCGGCUGGAUUGGCUUCUUCAACGGCCUCGCCUCUGUCACGCGUCUCACCUGGGCUUUCGCUCGAGACAACGGACUCCCCUUCUCCGUCUUCUUUGCCCGCGUCGACCCAACCUACAAGAUCCCCAUCCGUGCUUUAUUCCUAGUUGCAUCGUGUAUCUUCGCACUAUCGUUCAUCCAGAUUGGAUCUACGGCUGCGUUCAGCGCCAUUCUCUCAAUCAGCACUCUCGGUCUUUACAUUUCCUAUAUCAUCCCUCUCAUCCUCCUUGUGUUCAAGCGCUUCAUGGCGCCCCAGGAUGUCCCACAGGGAUCAUUUACGCUAGGGAAACUCGGUCUCCCCAUGAAUCUCCUUGCCAUUCUCUUCGCCACCUAUUUCGCUAUCUUCCUUCCAUUCCCGUCGACCCUCCCGGUUACCGCGGAGAACAUGAACUAUGCCGGGCCUGUGCUCGGAUUUGUCAUGCUGUUUGCCUGUGGAGAUUGGAUUGUUCGCGGACGGCAUAUUUGGCAAGGCCCAACCGUCAAGGCGUGGGCUCAAACUGAGUGA